GUGUUGGAGCAGAGAGUGGUGCAGUUGGUGGCCUCCGAGCGUGGGAGAGCCUCCACCUAGAGCGUGGCCGGGUUGUGACCUCUUGUUCUGACCUCUGGUCAGGUGGUUUAAGGGUGGGAAGAGUGCCAUACAGCUGUCUGUAGGGGAGGCAGCGGGCCACUUUGGAUCGCAAGUGCCCAUAGUUUUGUAAAGUGUUCAUUGUGAUUAGUUAAGCCAAGUGUUGAUCAGUGUAGGUGUCCAGUGCCGCAAGACUACAGUGUAGUGCGCCAUUUCUUCUUUCCCGACAGUAUAAAAAUAUCCGUAAUACAAAGUGAUUGCUAAAAACAAACGACUGAAACGCAAAAUGUUCUGAAGCGAACCAGAAGUGAAACAGCGAAGGAAUCAAGAAGUGAAGAAGUGGUUGUGCAGGACGGACAGUGCCUGCGUGUACUUACCAAAAUAGAUGAGAUAAUUGUGACCAGAGAGAGAGAGAUGCUGCGGCCUGGCCAGUGUGCCCUUCGUCUCGUCUGACAGGUGAUGUAAGAUGGUGCGGGGGCUACCGCGGGCGGCGGCGGCGGGCGUGUGUCUGCUGGCCAUCGUCACCUUCCUCCUCUGCUCCUGCGUCUCCCAGGUCCACGCCAGAGAGUUCUUCAUGGAGUCAUCAGACAAGGAGAUCCUGGACUACCUGCUACACAAGAGCAGAUAUGACAAGAGAAUUAGACCUCCCGUUAAAGAUGGUCCGCUACGGGUCAACGUGAGCGUCCAUCUGCUGAGUCUUUCCUCUCCUGAUGAGUCCAGCCUGAUAUACGAGGUGGAGCUGCUCCUGCACCAGCAGUGGUACGACCCGCGCCUUCAGCACAACGACGCCGGCCGCCAUCUGUACCUCAGCGGCAUGCACCACCUGAGCGACAUCUGGCUGCCGGAUACCUACUUCAUCAUGAGAGGAGAGUUUAAGUACGACCUCUCCCAAGACAACAUCGCACUCAAGAUAGGCAGAAGAGGCAACGUCACCUACACCAUACGGCGGUACCUUAUUCUAUCGUGUGAAGGAAAUAUCAAUAAAUUCCCAUUUGAUGACCCUUCCUGCACCUUCGCUAUGGAAAGUAUAUCGUACGAGAAGCACGAGUUGACGUACGACUGGCUCAACAACGGCACGUCUCUGGUCAAGUCCAAAAAGCUGCGUCUCCUCAACGCCUACAUGAUCAUGAACAGGACGGUCGAGUGCGACAAUAACUUCGACUGGAGAGGGGACUACAGCUGUCUAAGGGUUAAUCUUGAAUUCAGCCGUGACGAUGCCUUCUACUACAGUACAGUGUUCUUCCCAGGCAUCAUCCUGGUGACGAGUUCCUUCAUCACUUUCUGGUUAGAGUGGAAUGCUGUGCCUGCCCGUGUCAUGAUUGGUGUAACCACAAUGCUCAACUUCUUCACCACCUCCAACAGUUUCCGCUCCACACUACCAGUCGUCUCCAACCUAAGUGCUAUGAACGUGUGGGACAGCGUGUGCAUGUUCUUCAUCUACGGUUCACUGCUUGAGUUCGUCGUAGUUAACUAUGUUGGCCGCAAGAGACCCAAACAUAACAUGGCCUACAUGCCUGGAGAAAACGCGGUCAUCCAGGUAUUAACAGAGAACAGACAUCGCAUCCCGCAGGCCAUACACCGGAUUGGCCUCAGUUUGGUAAGCGGCUGGAGGGAUUACCUUACGGAACGAAAGCGGCCUGGUGGUCCUGCGGGCUCAGACGGCAGUGCUUGUGGUGGCAUUGGGGAUGUCCCUCCUAGCAACAGAAAUUCACAUGAAAUGAUGUCUUGCGCCAACUGCGGCAACUCGCAGUGCUCCCACGCCAAUGCGCCUAACAACUGUCCCAACGGAGAGGAAGUUACUGUGACAGAAACAGCAGAAGUCAGUCAGGUUGAGUACACUUUCAAGCCACACAACAAGGCUCCUCCACACCCCAUCCGAGUGGCCAAGUCGAUUGAUGUCAUCUCUCGCGUUGUCUUCCCUCUUGGCUACUUCAUCUUCCUAUUCUAUUUCUUCGCUACUUACAAGGGCUUUCAAUGAGGCUUGACCCAUUCCCUCCUCCCAACCAUCAUUAUGGUUGUCCUCUCAAAUCCCCAGCUGUGGAUUUUGAUGACCACUUUCUCACAUCUCCCACCCAUAGAGAAGUGCCCCUCCCUACAAGAUGUAAAACAUCCACCCGCAGCCUCAUCUACAGUUGAUCACUACAUCUUUUCAUGCAUGUUCUUCACUCUUUAAUUAUUUAUCUAGACUGCAAAUUUUCAAGGCACAUUAUUUACACAAAAAAUUUAAUGCUCAUGUAAAAUGAAAGUAUUAUAAAUCUUCACAACUUAAAUUUUUUAAGAGCAUGACUUGAUGAAAAGAGGCUUAUAAACUUUUUUAAGUAAGGUGUAAAAUGUGGGGCACCUUCUUAACGAUCAAAAGAUCUCAUUUGUAACAUCAUGUAAAUAUGACAUUCUUAGUUGUUAUACCUUUUGUAAGAAAAUUCAUUUCUGUUGUUAUCGACUCCAAUGAUGUUUCUAAAUAUAUGUUGAACACGACGAAAGGGCACUUGCAUUUACAAUAUAUGCCCAUUAGCCUUCAGAAUCGUAGGUUUUUUUUGUAGUGUAUAUUUGCAUAUUUCUAUUUUCUUGUAUAUUCUGCAUUCAAAGGGACAUAGAGUUGUUGAACAAAAUGACGGGGGAAGUUUUUGCUGGAGGACACUUUUGUAUUUCAAAUGGUUUUUUGGGAGGUGUAGUGACAUCCUAGUAUGAUAGGUAAAUAUAUUUUAGAAACUUAACUCUCAUUUCAAUGCAUACUCUCUUUAAUCACAGUUUUUUUUAAUUCCAUGGUCCUUUACACUGUUAGACAUUCAUAACUAUGAGUACUAUCCACAGUGACCAUACCUGGUCCAAUAACAACCUGAAUGUUAGCACAUAAUAAGAUUACUACUCCAUGAAUAUAAGAACUCUAUAAUACUGUACCAACAUAUUGAAAGAUAAGUCAGUUGGUGUUCAGUCUAUAUUCAUUAAUGCAAGUGAAACAUAUGAUAAGGCAAGAAGGAAUUCUUUAAGAUAGAAGAAUGUGCUCUUUUAGCUCCUUCAAGUGCCAGUUACCUCCUGUCUGCCUACCUCACAACACAUAAGAUGGACGCAAACACACACAAUUAGGUAAUUACAUACACACACACACACACUCACACACACACACACACACACACACACACA